CCGUCUGUUGUUUUUUUUUUCUUUCACGACUGAUAAGAAGCGACGCAAUUGAGAAUUGUGAAUUGUGUAAAACUAAUAAAAUAAAAAUUGUGCAUUUGCUGCGUGCAACAAAAUGAGCGGCAACAUACAUGGCAUCAGUUGGUUUCCCAACUUUCCCGACAAAUUCGUCUCCUGGGGCCAGGAAAUUAAUUUAUACGAGGUGCGCAGCAAGGAGGAAAUCCAACAGCCGCAACAACAAAAGAGUCGACUGCCCUACAUACCCUGCAAUUAUCUAUCCAAUGAGUCGCGCUAUCAAUACGCACGCUGUGUGGCCGCCUCCUAUCACAGUGAUCAACCGAUUAUCGCUGUUGGUUUAGCAGAUGGCAAAAUUGGUAUUUGCAAUUUUCGAGACACUUUUGACAGCAGCUGGGAGUAUACACCGCGUCAACAACGUAUGUGCACUUGUCUCGCCUGGAAUGAGUUGGAUGCCAAUAUUUUGGCCAUUGGCCAUGACAAACAUCGUUCGGACUCGUGCAUCACCAUCUGGGACAUUGAACGCGGCGUUCCCAAGGAAACGGCGAAUUUCUUUGGCCUCUCCGAGUCAACCAAUUCACUGUGCUGGGAUCACAAUCAUCGUGUUCUCAUCGCUGGCAUGAGUCAGAAUCUGAUUAAACUAUUUGAUCUGCGACAAAGCAACGCCACCUGCCAGUCCAUCAAGACCAAGGCUGUCCAAGGCCUGGCCGUUGCCCCCAAUGGCAACUAUCUGUGCAGUUACGUGGACUCCAUGAUUAUGCUGUGGGAUCUGCGCGCCAUUGAACGGCCUCUGCGUCAGAUCUCCUCAUCGCGCAAUCACAUGCAGCUCGCCUGGUGUCCAACGCGCACUUCACUGCUCUCCUCGCUGCAGCGGGACUCGCCUUACAUCACUUUGUAUGACAUUCGCAGUGUGGACAACGAGUCGAGUCGCGAAGUCUAUCAUGUGAAGCGUCAGAUUAGUCCGUUUCCUGCCAAGUAUCAGCACAGCAGCAAGUUUGCCGCCCUCAACGGAUUGUCCUGGCAUCCGCGUGACUUUGAGCGCAUGCUGCUGCUGGCGGAUGCUUUGAAUAUACUCGACUUUCGUCUGCCCGCCAGUUUGCAUACGGCUUACAGCAAUCGCCAUAAGUUGCCGCUGCUCAUGCAACGUCCUCUUUAUGCUGCUCCAUCGCCAGCAGUUGUUGCUGCGCCUGCCUCACCCACAGCGCCGCCAACAAGCAGCUGCAGCACACACAGUACAGGCAGCUCUCUGACCGAUUAUCAAAUGGGUCAAAAUUCGCUGAGUUUUGAUUUCCUGGACCGUGAGCUGCUCGAAGAGGAUCUGCUGGAGGAGACACGUCAACGGGCGCUGCAGGAUUAUGGCAUGAAUAAACCAGACAAUAAAAGGUUCGCUGAGCUGCAGCUGACGCCGUAUUUGCGCAAUGUGUGGACAACUCUGGGAAAUGUGUUUUGUGAGGAACGCUUGACGGGCUUGAAGUCAACGCUGGGCAUUAACUUGGGACACACUUCAGAGGCGCUAAUGGCAAGUUCACGCAUUGAAUCGCAGCUGCUCCAAUGGCCGGAUGGCAUCAACAAUUCCAACAAACUCGUGUGCUAUCGAAGCGAACAACGCGACUUGGCGCUGCAGCUGUGUGGCUGGUACUUUGACCAGGAGCUGGACAGAUUCAUAGAGCAACUCUAUGCCAACAAGGAGUUCAGUCGCGCUGCCAUGAUCUGUGUCUUCCACUUGAAAGUGCUGGCUGCCUGCAACAUUCUCUCACAGGCGGCGGAUAUGAUGCGUGAUCCCAGCAUGUAUCGCAUCACAGCAAUUGCGCUGUCCAGCUUCAAUGCGGAUCGUUGCAGUUCAACGUGGCGCAAUCAACGCUCCACGGCGAAUAUGCAGAUACAGGAUCCACAUUUGCGUGCCAUUUUCUCGUUCCUCACCAUGGAGAAAGAUAACUUUGAUGCCGUGCUCAAGGAGGAGGGCGUUUCUCUGGCGGAUCGUGUUGCUUUCGCCUGCAAAUAUCUGUCGGAAACAAAGUUAGCUGACUACAUAAAGCAACGUAUUCAGCGUGCAAUCGAAUGUGGUGAUUUAAAUGGUCUGCUGCUCACUGGAGAAUCGCUCGAUGGCAUCAACAUAUUGCAAUCCUAUAUGGAUGCCAGUUUCGAUGUGCAAACUGUUGCCUUGGUGGCCAUCAAUUACUUUAGGAAUGAGCAUUUUACGGACAAUCGUAUACAGUACUGGAUUGCCAGCUAUUUGGAUUAUUUAAAUAGCUGGGGACUGUGGGAGAAACGCGCCGAACUGGACAUUAAGAUUGAGAAUAUCCGCGCCUCAUCGCGCAGUUCACGCACCGUUUAUUUGAGCUGCAAUUUCUGUGGCAAGUCCGUGUCGAAUGCACUGUUGGAUGAGCCGCGUCCCCGAAGCACAAGCACGAGUACGAAUCGGUUGUCAUCGUGUCCCAGCUGCCGCAAACCGUUACCACGAUGCUCGCUGUGUCUGAUGCACAUGGGCACCAUGAUCAACACAAGCGGAGGCGGCGGCGGAGCUGGAGAUGCAUCUACGGAUCAGGCGGGCGGCUGGCAGUUGAAGCCGUUUGCCAAGUGGUUCUCCUGGUGCCAGACGUGUCGUCAUGGCGGUCACACCGAACACAUUAUGCAGUGGUUCAAACAAAAUUCCGAGUGUCCCGUGUCGUCGUGCAACUGUCGCUGCUUUGACAUGGAUGGCACCAAACUAAACGCAUUGCGUGACAUUUCCUAGCUGCCUAAGGCAAGCCUUCAAUGCUGCCAUUGCUGCAGACUAUAUAGACAUCCUACAACAACAAAACGCCCAUGCCAUAUGGUUCGCCUUAAACUGAAAAGUGUUCAUUGUACUUAGACAAAAACGAUUAACGGUUGAUGUGCCCAUAGCUUUAGUUUAUUAUGACCUACAGCUGUUAGCUGCUCAAAUUGCAUUUUAUACUUACAAUAAUUAAAACAUCUACAACUACAACUUUAUGACGAAAUACAAAAAUCAAAAUUUAA